GCAUAAUCUGUCCUGGCGAAUCUUACCGUCGCAAUAGAGACGACUUAGAGACGUGAUCUGUCGACUGUCUUUCAAUCAGAGCUCACUUGAUGGCUUGCCACAAGACUUAUAUGCCCUAGCAAAGUGUGUUGUAGAUAUGGGCAGUCUCUUAGGGGAUGAAAUGAAUAGCGGGGAUGUCACUGCAUUGAAUACAUUUAUGGAUCUCGAUAUCCUUGGAUUUAUAGGGCGGACGAUGUAUAUGUUCCCCUGGCGCCGCGUCCUACAGGCCUAUAUCUCAGCUGUCUACCACAAGCUUGAAUCAAACAAUGCCAGAAUACAGAGUUCUGACCAUGACACGGAUUCCUCUCAUUAUCACAUCAUUGCACAUCUUAACGUUAUCCAUCACCCUGAAAACCUACCGAUUAUCUGCAUGGUAGUGGGUGGAAGGCUUGAGAGAUCUCUUGAUGAGAAGGAGGAUGGAAGCACACGAUUAGCUUUGUUAAAACUCACUAGACUUCGUUCGCUUGAUCCAGUGUGGCCUCCAUGCAUCAAACUCCUGGACAAGCUUUCACAAGAUGGGCUAUUUCUAAAGGAACAACUUGAACGGCUCUUGACAAUCAAAGACGAUGUAAAAGAGGCACGAUGGGAACGAUAUACAGAUGAGGAAGUGCAACUUAUUAUGGUGCGCCUUGAGGAAACUAUCACCACUUUAAAGAGCCAUCUUUUCCAAGAUCCUAUCACACCUGGGAUAUCGGUUUCCCAUUCAGUGACUGGCUUGGAGGACGGAUCACCAGAUAGUAUAGAUUCACCUCAAAUCAGCAGGCUCAGCCUAGAAGAUGAUGCCAUACCGCAUCCACCAACACCUAUACCUACACCAUAUAUACCGGAUGACACUGACUCAAAUAUCAACUACUCAAACGAGGGAUCCUGACCACUAGCAAAGCUGGGAAUAUUGUCGUAUGGUGCUUUGUAAUUAUAUAGAUACCUCACCGAUUUUUAUUCGGAGGGUGACAUGAACCGACAAGCGACAAACGACAAACUAGCCGAUUCUAAGAGAAUAUCAUU